AUGGCAGCACCUGCUGAAAUUACUGUCCGCAAUCUGAGCGGCAAAUGGAACUCGAACUCGGAGCUUUCCGAUGAUGUUACUCCCGUCAUGGAACUUCAGGGAGUUCCCUGGAUUAUUCGGAGCAUGCUAGCCAACGCAUCGAUCUCUGUCACUCUCCAUCAAUCAACGGAUGCGGAGACUGGCGUGUCCAAAGUCGAUUCUUCUCAGACAUCAAUGGGUCAGGUUGUUCAAGAGGCGAGGGUUCUUGAUUGGGAGCCUCGAGACCAGCCUCACCUGAUCUUUGGCAAUAUGACAGUUCGCUCACGAUUCAGCUCGCCGAAUGAUUUGGAGGUUGUUUUGCGAGGCCGUUCAGGAUCCGGUGAAUCUGAUUGGGAGGGAGAGGUCAUUGAGAUUGAGGUUAGGACCACCAGCUGGCAAAGCAUCACAAUCUGGGGCUUCACGACUAUUGAUGGCACCAGGAGAUAUAUUCGACGAACAGUGGCGAGGAAAGGAGAGGAGGAGAGGGUUAUUCAGUUGGUUUACGAUUGGGCUGGUGCUAUCUAA